GCUGUGUGGUACAGCUGAAAAAAACAGUUCUCCUAGAAAAUGAAGGGUAACACAGCUGAGAUGUUUAUGUCUAUCAACAAGAAAUAGACAAAUCAUUAAAAUAAAAGGAUGGGGAAAGGAGUGCUGAGGAAAUGCUGUCUGUGUGUUUCCCCGCAAACAGCAUCAUUUGUUCUUGGCUCGUUCGGGAUUCUGUUCUCCUGUAUCCUGUUGGCACCACUAGUGGUGUUCCUUGAAAACCAAACCUUCUACAUUGCGCAGUUUGGGCGCAGUCAAACAGAACGCGGCAAUUAUGUGGACGACGACCAGGUCCCAGAAAUCGUACUGUACAGCAAAGUUUUGUACUCUGUACUGCUCGCCAUGGAUGUUGUUUACAUAUUCUCCUGCAUACUACUCCUGGCUGCAGUUGCGACAAAGAAGCAUUUGCUAAUGGUUCCCUGGCUGGUAUAUAUGUUCACAAUCAUUCUAGUGGUUGUGACCAUAGUCCUGUCAUUUAUAAUUGGACUUGAAGAUUACAUGUCCCUCGCUGUAUGUUUAGGAUCAAGUCCGAUAAUACUUAGCUUUGUGUACAUGUGGGUUGUGGUACUCUCUGCAUAUCAGAUGAUUAGAGCUGAUGUUCUGAGUGCUCGAGGCCCAACAACCUCAGCCUCUCAGUCUAGCUUGGCCUCGAUAAAGGAGGGAAUUCAACGAGUCCUCGGAGGAACCCCACCACCUCCUUAUGAGGCUGUUACAACAGACGUUAAGUCUCCAAAGAAGAACGUGACCAACAUGAGAAGACAAAUAUCCACGGAAUCAGCCACCUCAGACACCAUGUUCUUCGAUAUGUCGUCCACAAGAAGAUCUUCUGACCGAACACCAUCAACCAAGCCUGCAUCUCCAAUCCUUUUCAAGGCAAUUCAGGAUUCAAACACAAAACCUUGUACACAACUGGACAUUCAUUCAAGCCCUAGAUCAGAACUGUUUGCAAGACCUGUUCGCAGAAUUAGCUCAAGUGCUUCACACUCCCAGCUGCAGUGCACAAGUAGAGAAUCCCCGAUCCGAAUAAGAAAAUCCGCCAGUAGUUUUCAGAAUUUUGUGCGGCAAUCUUCCGCUCAGAUCAACCAAUCAGGAGGCAGUAUGGAUGGAACUCUAACCAAUGAAAGAGUGACAUCAAUGGAUAACUGCAAGGUUGUGGAUAAUGAAGAUAGUGGCAUGAAGGAGAAUAAAUCUGGAAAGGAAGAAGAUGACUUAUUCACCACCUGGAGCAGUCUCUCUGAUGACACGUCUUCUAUCUCCACCACCUCCCUGGACUCCGGAACUAAGAAUAAUAUGCUCGUCUAGAUUAUGAACAUGGAAAUGAUUGCUACGGAAUAAAUAUAAAAGAUAUAUAAA